AUGGGCUCGUCCUCCUCCCCCUCUCGGGCGGAGCUCGGCGACCUCAGCGCGGCAGUGGCUGAGGCCAACGCGCUGCUGAGACGCUGGCCUGCGCUGUCUCCGUUCUCCUGGCCUCUCGAUGGGGACACAGAAAGGGGCGAUCGAAGCCGCGGGGGAGUGAGCGCGAACGAUGUCGGAGACGCAGGCGAGGGAAAAAAGAGAGAACUCGAAGAUCGCUCCCGCGGGGACAGGAGUGCGAGAGACGAAGCGUGGAUCGAGGAAGCACAAGAGGCUCAACGCACGGCGGAGAGACUCCGAGAGGUCCUCUGCGUGGCAGGCGCAGCGGAGGGGCGACGCGACUGGUGCUUCCCGUCUCCUCCUCUGAUCCGGAGCGAUCACGGAUUCCGUGUGUUCUCCAGCCUCUGUUAUCGUCGUGUUGAGAAGCUUCUUCUUUCUUUCCUUAGAGAGGCCUUUGAAGCCAAACACCCUUUUCCUCUUCCUGUCGCUUCUUGCUCUUCCGCUUCUUCCCUUUCGUCCCCUACUUCCCUUUCGUCCCCUACUUCCUCUUCUUCCCCUACUUCCCCUUCUUCCCCUACUUCCCCUUCUUCCCCCGUUUCAGUUUCUUCGUUUCUGCAUCGUGCGUCUUCGGCCGAGCCCCAGAGGCACGAAGGCAAGCAUGUCCCUCGCUCGUCUCUCUUUUUCGACGACGCGCGUAGAGACGCGCAGGUGCUUGACCAGUCUCAGAGAGAGGCGGUGCGCCUGCUUUCGCCGGAAGAAGACGAGGCGUUAAGAGGCAUUGUCGGCCCAGAAGAUUGGCGCGAGCGCGUCGUGGUCCUCUCUCCGAUGACCGCUCUCGCUCUGGAGGAGAUCGCCGAAGUUGCGCUGCAUGCAGCGAAAAACAAAACAGCGCCUCGGAGAGACUCUGCCUUCUGGAAGUCGCUCACCGCCUGUGCGCUCGCAUACCUUCCCCGGGAGCGCGGACUCGGCAACUGGGCUGGGCAGCCAAAGAGGGCGCAGGGAGCGGAGGAAGCAAAGCAGGACAGCACGGCACGAGAGCGAGAAGCGAGAGAGCGAGCCGCCGGGGAAGAAGAAGGACGGACACAAGACAGCGCGAGGAAGAACCCGAAAGAAAGAGGGAGGCGAGAGAGCGCGCAAACGGAAGGAGACUUCGAAGCAGAUCGAACGCCGAGUCGGAGAAACGAUGCGAAUGAAGGCGAAGAAGCUGUGAAUGGUGUUUCAAGAGACGUCUCGAAAACCCCGGCUCGGCCGUGGAUCGACAUUCUUCUCGCCCUCGUGGAGGCGAAGCAACUGAAAGACGCCCGCAUGGCGUCUCGAGUCCUCUCUCACAUUCAAAACACGGCCCUCACCUCGCUGGACGAUCUUCUCCAUGCGUCUCACCUCCUUGCAGUGCUCCGCGGGGUGGGCUGGGAGACCGCGAAGGCCGAAGAUGAUGCAGAUGACGCCGGGUGGAGCAGAGACUCGAGAGGGGACGUGCACCGAAGGAGGGUGGCAGGAGAGACAAAAAGCGAGACACCAAGAGCAAAGGAGGGCGAGAGAGAGAAAGACAGGCCGAGACAGGGGCGCGACAAAGGGACUUCCUCUCCAGAGAUCGAUGCGCAGCCUCCUCCCGCGUCCCCCCAGUCCAUCCCUUCAUUUGCGACUCCUCGUCAGGGCUUGUCUGCGACUCCUUCUCUCUCCUGUCCUCCGUCCUCUUCUCCCUCUUGUUCCCCCUCGUCGUCUAUCUCUUCUUCUUCCUUUUCGUCUCCCUCUUCUUCUGCGUCGUCGCCCUCGUCUCCGGUUGAGCCUGCUGUCUCUCUGAGGAGACAGAGAGGCGAUGUUGAGGAGUUGACGGUUCACGUGCACCGCAUGCUGGUCUCGCUCGGCCGAAAGAGUCUCUUGCGUCGCCGGGAGUUGCCUUUGUGUGUGACGGCUGCAGUCCUGCAUGCGCAUGCACUUUGGCAAGCAGCGGCGCUGGAGAGCUGGCGGCACGAGGGCGAAGACGCGUCUCUUCUCUCACGCGCACUCGACUUCUCUGGAGAAGAGGAUGCUCCUGCAGGGGAGAGGGCGGCGCGAAACGACGGUGGAGGCGGGUCCCGCAGCGCAGCAGCAAGGGAGAAAGAAACAGAAAAGGAGACGGAGAAAGAAACAGAGAAAGAAACAGAGAGAGAGGAGACAGUCAGGCGGUUAGUCGAGGUGCGCGGGCGUGAGGAGAGUAGCCGGGACAUGUGGGGAGGAGAGGGGACGCGACGAAGAGAGAGAGAAGACAGAGGAGGACCUGGCGAAGAGACUUGCGCCGGUGGAGCAGAAGAAGCAGGGACGCGUGCGAAGCCGGGAAGGGAGACAGAGCCUGCGUCGGAGAGUCUUUGCCAUCCACGACUGUCUUCGCUCGCUCUCGCCGCGUCCACGCCAACUCUCUUUCUUCUCUUGGGGCGGAAAGCGGCGACGCAGAUGUCGCUGCGUCGGGUGAAUCCGGAAGAGCACGAACCCGAUGGAGAGACGGCAGAAGGACGGAGACAUCUCCGAGGACGAAAAGACGAUUUGAGACACAUUGCGAUCGUGUUAGCUGCCUUUGCAAAGGCACGUCUUGACAUUCCUGCGGUCCUCCUUCGGGCUCUCGAGGCACGUUGGGGUGUCGCGGAGGAGGCGAGGGCGAGCGGUGGGAAUCCUGGAGACGAAGAGAAUGGAGCAGAUUCAGAGAAGUUGGAGAAGCUUACAGAGGGAGGGAGAGGGAGACGAAGAAGGCCGUGGCGAGAAGAGGUUUCGGAAGAGGAAGAAACGUUCGCCUCGAGAAAGGCAGGACGACGCCGGGGAGAAGAGGGGGUUCUGGAGCUGCACGACGCGUCCCCACAGAGCAUCGUUCUCCUUCUCUCUGCGCUGAGUCGAAGCGCAGAAGGCAGACGAAGUUCGGCUUUCGCGGUGUUGUCGGGAGCGCUCAAGCAGCGGGCUCACCAGCUGACAGGCCAGCAGAUAGCUAUGGGGCUCCAUGCGCUUUCUCUGGGGCAUCCGUCCGUCGUGAGGAGAAACUCCCAGAGUCUGCUCUUCAGGUUCCUCUUCGAUCACGGCCGACUUCACAAACUCUCCGCGUCGCACGUGCGCCUCGUGCUAGCUACCCUUUCUCGAUCGCCGCCGCCUCGAGGCGGCAUCUCGCCCUCCGUUGUCGACGCAUGCGCACGCUUCGUGGAGACUUCGCGGGCUCUCCACAAAAUGUCUCUCGACUGUCUCACUGAGACGCUUCGUUUCCACAGCGUCUUCCGCGUCUUCGACUCUCAGUUCCUCAUGGCUGCUUGGAAGGCUUUGCAGCGAAGAAGCAGAGAACUCAACAGUUUGGCGCACGUGAGAGAUGCCGCAGUCGGCUGUGUUUCUGUGUUCCGCUCCUACCUUGCUUGUCUGUGUCUCAUAACUGGAGUCACAAUCAGUAUCCUAGCUUUGCGCCUCCUCGCCCCCUGGCACCAUGUGCCGAGAGAACUCGCCGAUUUUCUGCAGGCACUGACUCAGCUCUUUCCUCCCGGCUCGGACGCGCGAGAGUGCGCCAAACCCUCCUCGCUUCUCCUCGCGUUUGCCCCGCACGCUGGCCAACGCGAAGAGGCGCUCGAGACUACGAUCGGCCUGCUGCACGCUCAGCUUGCGUGCGCCUCUUCCCGGUCGGCUUCCCCGUUUUCGGCUCUUCUCUCGUCUCUCGCUCCCCUCAGUCCACCUGCAUCCCUGUCGCUCUUCCGUCUCUUCCCUCUCCUGCUACGGGAGGCGAGCCCGCGUCUUGCGUCUUCUCGCUCGUCGCGCUCCUCUUCCGGUGUCCUUCUUCCCAGCUCGUCUGCGUGUCCUCGGGCGCUUUUCGCUCCCGCGGUCGCGGCGCCGUCCCAGGAGGCAGAGAAGAGAGCAGGAACUCGAGAGGAGACGUCUCAUGCGCGCGUUGCGACAGAAGAGAAUGCGAGAAGAGAUCCCGAAGACCUGGGAGAACCAAGCGGAGCCAUCCAGAAGGCCAUCAGCGAAGUUUGGACCCUCGCCCGCACAGGAUGCAGCGCGCCUUUCCUGUUUCGUCUGCCGUCGCCUUCGCGUCUUUCGUCCUCGCUUUCCUCGGACCUCUCUGCGUCUUCGACGUCGCCUUCCUCUUUGUCGGACUCUUCGGCUUCUCUCUCGGAGCAGGCUGUCUGCGCAGUCGAGCAACACGAGAAGAACGUUCUCUCGGCUGCCUAUUCGCGGGCCCUCCCUGCUCUCCUGGAAGCUCUUGCGUCCCAACAGAGACAAGGGGAAGGAGAGCCGAAGAGAACGCCUCGCGUCGGAAGGCGCAGCAGAAGAGACGUCGAUGGACACGAAGCAUCGCAGAAGAGACGAGCACGCCAGCAAAAAGUUGAAACUCUCACAAGCGACACAACGCCGGUUUCCCACAACAUCAAGCCUCUCUCCUUCGCCACCCUUCUCGACUUGCUGGCGGAUCUCUUGACCCUCUCACUGCGCCGGCUUCUCUGCGCGGCUUCGCGCCCUUCUGCGGCCAGAGAGAAAGGCGGGAAGACAGCCGCGGAAGAGAGAAAGAAGGAGACCGACCAGUCCACAGCGAGCCGCUGGGCCGCGCAAAAGACUCGCCACCCAGCGGGGCAGGAGCAUCGACCGCACAACUGCCAAGAGCGAGGAUGCAGAGAAGAAGAAGAAAGAGAAGAAGAAGAAGAACGGGGAGACAGAGGAGUGGACAAAACCGACCAGAUCGGUCGGGGAGUGGAAAGAGAGGCAACGGGAGAGGAAGAAAGCGAGCUGGAGAAAGAAAUUUUCGUUCGCCUUCUUCGCGCCUUGGACACUACAAGACUGAGCGGCGGCGACGAAGAGCGAGCGGCUCCGCUUCUCUCGCUACUUUCGCUCGCUCUGAACGGCCUCCAGUUCCUGCAGCCCGAGCUCUGGAACCGCUUCGGCUCUUCUCUUGCGCGUCACUUGCGGCGCCUGCAGUCUCUGCGAGACGACGAACGCCCUUCUCUGAGGUUCUGUGGGCUUCCCCCCGUCGCGCCGCGCGUACCCUCUCUUUUGCCUGUGCUUCUCUCGCGUUCGUCGAGCACGGCCAGUCUCCCUUUGUCUCUGCCUGAAGAGAUCGCGAGGGCGACCCGCCCUGGAGCUUCGCCGGCUGGGUCCGCCUUGUUCGGCGAAUGUCAGAACGAGGCGCCUCGUCUGGCCCAGACGACAGACAGAAACGGACCAGCCGACGCGUGUCCGUCGCCCGAGCCUCUGCGCUCUUCCUCCGAACCCGCGUGUGCCGCGGGUCUGUCUCCGGCGGGGCAGUUUGAGCUGAGCUCCGGCAGAGCGGAGACGCCAUUGGUGGGGACAGCAGUGCAGGCGACGGCGAAGGCGGAAGUGGAGAAAAAGCGGGCGCGAGUGGGAAGCGAGAACGAGAGGGCGAAGAGAAAGGAGACGGAAAGGUGGCUGCUGCCGUCUGCGGUUCAGACUGGAGGGGGGAGACGGGGAGAAGGAGGAGGUUUGAGCUUCGCAGGUUCGGCGGAGAACGGCCGACGAUGCCAACCGCGUCUCGAGGCGCCGUUGCGUGCCGAAGCGACUCUGGCUAGCGGCGCCUCAGGGCGAGCGUCGUGGGAUAUCUGCUGGUCUCACCGGCGAAGCGUCGAAGCGUCGCAUGCAGCUGCAGCCUUUCUUUCUCGGGCCUUCCACCGCGUGUCGGAGGGCGAGGGACAACUCGCCUGCGCAGGCGAGAAGCCUCGAGACGAGAGGGCGACGGACGGCGACUGGUCCCUUUGCGAGUCUCAGGAAGACAAGGACAUGCGCGAGACAGCGUUUUCUUGCUCCUCGCCUGGUUCCGACAAACUUCUGGGCCGGCGAGAAGGCGAAGGAUGUGGCGCCUCGCACGCCUCGACUCGCCUCGCCGCCGCGCACGGCCUGCACGCACGGAACGGGGCUUUUGACUCUCCGGCGCUGCACGGCUGGCGCGUGGUGUCCGUCGCAGGCCGCAGUCUCCUUCGCGUCGAUUUAGGGAAAGCGACGGAAGAGAAGACCCGCCCGCAGCCAUCGCCCAGGGGAAGAGACGUGUCGUCAAAUCGCAUGCGCAUCUACUUUUUCUUCGUCGCCCCGAUCGAUUGUUUCGUGUUGCCCGUCUUCCGGCGACGCCGUUCCUCUCUCCCCUCUUCGCUGUCUCUGCUGACCCUCUCGCCGUUUUUCCCAGCCGAGGGAGAAAGCGCGCACGUCUCGGUUGCCUCGACGAGUGCCGUUGCGUCUUCUUCCUCGGCUGGAGCUCGCAACGCCGAUGGGCGGGCGACGCGAAGAGCCGAGGAAGGCUCUUCCGCGGUUACGCACAGAGGGGAGGAAACUCAGGGAAGGCACGGAAGAAACUCCCCAGCUCGCCCUGUAACUCUGACAGUGCUACACCCGAGGCUCUUUCUCGAGCUCUACGUUGCAGAUAAAAUCGUGACACAGUCCCAUGCGUGCGCGAAAGAUUCCGCUGCCUCGGUCAGCGAAGGGAUUCUCUCUGAGGGCCCUGCCGUCCGGCUCUUGCCUGUGUCGACGCUUGACCUUCGAGGCCUUUUCGCGAGCUUCGACGAUAGAGAAGCUGUCAGAAGGCUGAUAACUGCCGUGGUUGACCGUUACUUUCUUGAUCCGCAGACGCCGAAAUAG